AUGACACAAAUCAUUUGGUUCAGCUUUCUGCUUUGCAUCGCUUCGGCUGAGAAUGGAAGUAUCUCUCUACUAAACCUCGAUAUCGAUGAUAAUAUAUGGGAUGACUGUAGCAAUGGGUACUUCUCAAAUAGUUUCAAUAUCCUUGAUAACAGCAAUUUGGAAUCGAUUCUGGGUUCAGAUAUGGAUGCUCAUAACAGCGAACUAGGAAAUUCUGCUGAGAAUUUGCAGGAUAGCAUUUCAUCUGAUUUUUCGCACCUCGAUUUUACUGAUUUGGAGAAAACUAAACAUAGAAGCAAUGAGGAUUCCAAAAUCGAAACCGUUCCAAUCACAACAGGAAAUUAUCAGUUGCGAGAAUUACCGAGAACAGAUGGCAAGAAUAUGAACAGUAGCAAUUCGACAAACACUGAGAAACCCGAAAUAAAAACUGAUCUCGUUACUGCAAAAAACUUGGACUUAUUUGUUCUGCAAAAUCCUACCAUUACAGAUGAAGAAAAUUACAAGUGUCCCCAUAUCGGAUGUAGUAUGAAAACGAAAAGUCGUAAGAAAUACAUAGCUCACAGGAAAACACACCCCGAACCUUUUAUUUAUGAAUGCAAAGUGUCCGGUUGUGGGCUAACAUUCAAUAAUCCAUCAUCAUUCUACAGUCAUCAGCAAACACACGCACCUAGGAUUGAGUGCGAAAACUGUGGCAAAAUUUUCAGCUGUAAGAAUAAUCUGAGCACUCACAGGAAGUACUGCACGAAAACCAUACAUGAGGAAAAUUACGAGUGUCCCCAUGUCGGAUGUAGUAUGAAAACGAAGAGUCGCAAAGAAUACAUAGCUCACAUUAAAACGCAUCCCAAACCUUUUAUUUAUGAAUGCAAAGUAUCUGGUUGUGUGUUAACAUUUAAUCACCAAUCAUCGUUGUUCAGUCAUCGGCAAACACACAAACCUAAGCCUGAAUGCGAAAACUGUGGCAGAAUUUUCAGCUGUAAGAAUAAUCUGAACUGUCACAGGAAACAUUGUACGAAAACUCCAUGUUAG